AUGCCUCGAACUCUCUAUCAGCCCUUGGGAAACGAAGAGAUCCGUCUGCUCACCAUCCAUUCUCAGUCCAACUUCAGUCUCGAGACCGUAUGCGUGAAAGAGACCCCAGGAUACCACGCAGUCUCCUAUUGCUGGGGAGAAGCCCAUGAUCUCUGCCACGUCCGGGUCAAUGGCUAUGAAGUUCCACUUCGAAGGCAUGUGGCGGUAAUGCUGGACAGCCUCUAUCGUCACCAUCGAGUGACUCGUGUCUGGUUGGACAUGCUAUGUAUCAACCAAGAUGACGAAGCCGAGAAGUCAAAGCAAGUAUCGAUGAUGGGAGAGAUAUUCAGGCGGGCGAUGGGAGCUUACGCAUGGCUGGGAGAAGCGGACUCCGACACGGACUGCAUCUUCGAUGUCUUACGCGAGUUUCGCAAGCGCAAGAUGGAGCUCGAAUUGCCUGCAGGUUUGGACGCUGCUGAACAACUGAGUUGUCAUAGGGAACUGUUUCGCGACAUCUACGUGGAGAGAGGUGGCUCUUUACCCGAAGCGAGAGCAUCGGACGAUGAAAGGUUGCAUGAAGAAUUCAACUGGCUACGCCCUUUGUACAUACGGCCUUUCUGGAGCCGCGUCUGGAUUGUUCAGGAGCUUAUUCUGGCAAAGGAUGUUAUUGUCUGUUGUGGAGCCAAGUGCAUUGAUUUGCACGAUAUUUACGGCCUCAGCCUCGACUGGGGAUCAUUCGAACAAGGCUUCUAUGAUGUCCAACCAGACUAUACAGCGCUCAUCGAGAUUGCCAAAAGUUUCCCUCCGUUGGUCCCCAAGCAGGAGGAUCCUGUGAUGGAACUGGAUCUGCCGGACCAGACCAUGACCACGGGCCAGCAUCCGGAGGUAUCCACCGUGGAUAGUGAGUACAUAUGA